CUUUAAAUAGCUUCACAUAUCCUCUGUGUUUUUCAUCUGAAGUUGAGAAAUCAAAAUUCACAAAAACAUCAGCAAAAGUUUCUUCAAGCAACGAAAUAUCAAAUCAGAUUCACUAAAAAUGUCGAUGAUUCCAAGCUUCUUCAACAACAACAGGCGUGGCAACAACAUCUUCGAUCCAUUCUCUCUUGACGUUUGGGAUCCAUUCAAAGAACUAACAUCAUCUUCACUUUCACGUGAAAACUCAGCGAUCGUGAACGCACGUGUGGACUGGAGAGAGACACCAGAAGCACACGUGUUUAAAGCUGACUUGCCUGGUCUGAAGAAAGAAGAAGUGAAAGUUGAGAUUGAGGAAGAUAGUGUUUUGAAGAUCAGUGGAGAGAGACACGUGGAGAAAGAAGAUAAGAAUGACACGUGGCACCGUGUGGAGAGAUCGAGUGGUCAGUUUACGAGGAGGUUUAGGUUACCGGAGAAUGUGAAGAUGGAUCAGGUUAAGGCUGCGAUGGAGAAUGGUGUUUUGACUGUUACUGUCCCUAAGGCUGAGACUAAGAAGGCUGAUGUCGCACCAGCAGGGUUCAGGUCUUUGGUGAAAGCCGAGAAAGGAAUAGAGGUUGCAAUUGAAGAAGCUCGAGAACUAAUUAUGUUUCUUGAGAAGGAAGUCACCGGAAAAGAUUUCUAUGGAGGCAAGACAAUUGGUUUCUUGGACAUGGUUGUCGGAAGUAUGAUUCCGUUUUGUGGAGUUCGAGCAUGGGAAUUUAUGGGUAUUGAUAUGAUUCCAGAGGAGAAGUUUCCGGAAUUAAAUAGAUGGAUUAAGAAGUUGAAUGAGAUCCUAACACUAGGGUUUAGGUCCCUGGUAAAAGCAGAGAAAGGAAGAGAGGUUGCUAUUGAAGAGACUAGGGAAAUGCUUACGUUUCUUGAGAAGGAAGUCACUGGAAAGGAUUUCUUCGGCGGCAAGACACUCGGAUUCUUGGACAUGAUCGCAGGAAGUAUGAUCCCAUUUUGUCUAGCUAGACUUUGGGAAGGUAUGGGGAUUGAUAUGAUUCCAGGGGAGAAGUUUCCGGAAUUAAAUAGAUGGAUCAAGAAUUUGGAAGAAGUUGAGGCCGUGAGGGGAUGUAUUCCUCCAAGAGAUAAACAAAUUGAGCGCAUGACCAAGAUUGCAGAGACAAUUAGGUCUGCCUAAAUUAAAGAUACUUCUUGUAUCCGAAAAUAUUUGCUUUAUAUGCUUGCAUCGUUUUAUAUUGAAAUGUUUCGAAAUAGAGAUGGAAUGUAGCA